AUGACCACCGAUUUGGUAAAAGAGAAUAUAAUGAUUCGUGAAGAGAACUUGAUCACACCGUCUACACUUGAUGCAGGAAAUACUACCCCCGGUAACACCACUCCAGACAAUCCUGCCCCCGGUAACACCACUCCAGGCAAUCCUGCCCCAGGUAACACUACUCCAGGGAAUACUACCCCCGGUAACACCACUCCAGGCAAUUCUGCCCCCGGUAACACCACUCCAGGGAAUACUACCCCCGGUAACACUACUCCAUGGAAUACUACCCCCGGUAACACCACUACCCCCGGGAACACCACUCCAGGGAAUACUACCCCCGGUAACACUACUCCAGGCAAACCUGCCCCUGGUAACACUUCUCCAGGCAAUUCUACCCCCGGACCCUUCUCUAGAGUUGAUGGGAUGUCUUUAGAACCUCACACAAAGGAGACUUGGGUUAGUAAAGGGCCCCAGAACAUGCUCAUAUACCAACAAGAUAACGGUCAAAUUUGGGCAAUAAUAGGUUGUGUGAUGACUAUUGGAAACAUAAUUGCAGCAUUGGUUAUCUACACUUACAAGAAAAGGAAACGGAGACUUAGACAAAGGGGGAUAACUCAAAUUGCUGGCAGUGUUCCAAGUGAUUCUCAUUACACCCUGCCCACCAAUGCGGAUCCCCACUAUCUUCAGAUCAUGGACAACCCAGAAGGUACCUCAGCUAGAAAGAGACAAAACUCGGACAACGAUGGUUACCUCACAGCAAUAGAACGGAACUCUGAGAAGAAUUCUGGAUACACAGAUAUUGUGCAUUUCUCCAGCAGUCAACGGUCUAACUCCUACCAGGAAAUCGCUGAAGUUAACGAGCUAUCAUUAUCUCCCCAUUUUCCAGUUCAUGGCACGCGCAGUUUGGAUCCGCCGAUGCGUAUACACAAGAGACGAGACAAAUAUCUUGUCAAUAUCAAUAUUCCGUCCGAUCCAUUGGAGGAAAGUGUCAGAAAGAGCUACGUCUUGUCGCCAGAACUGAUGGACGAAGGACUUUUCGAGUCUCUAAAUAACUUUACAAAGUAUUUCACAUCUUUAAGUGUCAAGAAAAAUAAAGAAAACUCUUACUGUGAUGAAGACAGUACAUCAAUUGAUGACAUUACAGAAGAAGAAUUGGAUUUGAAAGAAACGAAAUUCAAAGAACAUAGGAUGAAAAACACAGGGAUAAAAUCUCAGACAUGUGCUCAAAAAUCGAUGACGAGCACAACAUACAUCAGGAUGACAUCAACAGCACUCGAGAAUCUCAAAAGGAAGUGAAACAAUGUUAUGGAAACGUGCCUAUUUUCAAGGCUGUGGAACACAAAGAACAAAAUGUAAGGAAAAAAGAAGAAUUGCCGGUGGAUGUACCCGUAGAACAACAAAGUGUCUCUCACUUCAUACGGCAUCAGAAUCGUACUAGAUUGAACGAGAAGCUUCGAACCAUUGCUUCAACCGACUUUGACCAGUCUUCGGUAUCAAGUAGAGGAGUCCUAUAUAAUGAGAAAGUCGGAAUGGUGUCUCUACCAAACAAGGAAUGUCUUGAAAACAGAAAGACAUUGAAAGACACAGAGAGAAUAGACAAUAAAGAUGGCAAUCAGAUAUAUACCUUUUCUUCUGAAAGGGUAACUGAUUUGAGUAAGGAAUCCGGUGGUAUAAAUGACAAUUUAACAUUAAAGAAGAGCCAAGGUUUGUUGUUGGCGCCAAUGAAUUCAUUUAACAGUGAUCACUCGCUGAACAAUUACAUCCGGAAGAAUGGUAUUCUUCUUCCGGUCAAGAUCGCAGCAGAUGACAAUUCAGUAGCCGACAAUUCGUACAAAAGAGAUACCCUAUAAUGUGUUGAUGAAUGUUAACGCUCCAUUUGUAUGUAUUUAAGCCAUCAAGGUUAGAAUAAAGAAAACCGUCUCAAGGUGUUUGUCUUAUAAACAUCAAAUAUGAUGACGUCACUCUUCCCCUUCCAACCCAUACUGCAUUUGAGGUCAUGCAGCUCAUCAUUUAGGUAUAUCGACGACGUUUUGUCAAUUAACAAUGGUUAUAUCCAUUCCAGCUCAUCAUUUAGAUAUAUUGACUGCGUAUUGUCAAUUAACAAUGGUAAUUUCCAUUCCUAUAUCGAUACGAUAUAUCCCGUGGAAAAGAUACCACAGAGUCUGACACAUCUGUUUCAUACUUGGAUAUUUUACUUGAAAAAGACGUUAAUGGUAAUCUAACAACCAAGCUCUAUGAUAAACGUGAUGACUUUAACUUUUCUAUCGUCAACUUCCCUUACUUAUGCAGCAAUAUACCUUCAUCAAUGCAUACUGCUUUAUAUCUCUCAGUUGAUUCGACACGCAAGAGCUCUACGUAUGAAAAAAUUUUAAAACGAGGUAAAUUAUUGACAAACAAGUUGAUGAAACAUGAA